UGCCUUUUCUUGGCGUUCAAACACACACAGGAAGAAGAAACGACACACACAGUUGCCGUUGCGCUUUCUUUCCUUGUCCCUCCUGCUUCAUUCGUGUGUGUCGAUCACACGCGUGCACAGGUGCACGCACAGCACGCACCCCUCCACGUGUGCAUCACACGUACCUACGCAUCGAAGCCUGCUUCUUGCUGUCGUUGUAUCAAUUGGCAACAACCGCGGGCAUGGCCAGCGGCUUCCGUUAUCACAUGUGGGAUGGAUGGCUGCUCCUGCUCCAGAUGAUCACGCUGCAGUGCUUGCACUACGCAUCGCUUGGAAUAUUCGUGGCUGCCAUCUCUCAUACCCUGGCACUACCACCGGCGCUGGACUAUAUCUUCUCAGACGUGGCGUUAGGGAUCUGGCAGCUUGGCAUCGCCUUUGUAUUGAACGCUGUGGUGACGGGCUUUUUGAUACGGAUCUUUGUACGCCGUGCGAAACAAUGUCUUGACUUUGCAUCCACCAUCUUCCUCUUUCACCUGAUUGCGUGCAUCGGGUAUACUCGCUUUCCACGCGCUGCGUCGUGGUGGCUGCUCAACGGGGCGUGCGUGGCCAUAUCAGCGACGCUGUCCGAGUACCUGUGCAUCCAAUCGGAGAUGAACGAGAACAUCAGCGUCGACACUGCAGGUGCGGGCCAGGCUCAGCACGGCGGGAACCACAUCAUGGGGCAUGGUGCCACCUCAGCACCGUCAGCACCGUCAACAUCCUCAUCGUCCACCACUGCAGCAGCAGCAGCAGCUGCUGCUUCGUCGCUCGUUCGUGGUGGUUAUGGUGGUGGUCGUGGUGGUGGUGGGCAGCAGGAGCCACCAUACAUGCCAUCGCCGUCCAAACGUAAGGCGGUGGUGCGGUCUGGUUUCUUCGGCAGAUAGCGUGUGGCGUCGCACGUGCUGUUGUGCUUUGUGUGCUGUGGGUUGGUGCUGUACAUAGGGGAAACGCGUGGCAUUGGUCACUGCUUGUUUCUUCCUCCCCCCCCCCCGCUUAUCUUUCUAGUAGACUUUGCGACACAGAAA